AUGAGAAUUGUUAGUUUAACAAUACCAAAACCAACUCUAAAUAAUGAGGAUGAAAUACGAAGUAUUUCAUUGACUAUUAAAAGUAGGAACAAUGGUAUGCACAUGAUCGAUUCCUGGCCUUAUGCAUUUCCAAGAUAUAAAUAUGAUUUAGAUGAUAUGCUAGAAAUAUCUAUAUAUUAUAAAAUAAAGAAUUCAUCAUCAACAAAUACAGGCUCCUCUGAUGAGAUUAAUUUACAUUCCGUUGUAUAUUUUCCAUGUAUUUUAUUGGAUGAAAUAGAUAAAAAAGGUAAGAAACAAUGGAUACUUGGAUUGGAUAGAUUUCAUGAUAAUACCAGUAAAUUAAUUACUGAUAAAAGUAUAGAUAAUGCUUUAAAGGAAAUUAAGCUUAUGGAAGAAAAAGCAAGAAAAAGCUUUAAGAUAUCCAAGAUAUACUUAAUUUUUUAUUCUUGUAACAAUACUGUAUUAAAUAUUGAAGAACAACUAAGUGGAAGUUAUAUAAAUAGUCAAGGUUUAAUAACUCAAAACAAAGAUCAAGAGAAGAAAUUAUAUGGAUUAGUUUCCAAACCUUUUGCAACUGAUGUAGCCAUUGAUAAAAGUAAACAUAAGAACAAUGUUGGUAUUUUACCUGAUGAUUCUGUUUCAAGAAUAUCUGCAAAAACAAGUAAUUCUAACACAGUUUCAAGAACAAAUUUAAUUAAGCAAAAUAUUACAGAAAAUUGUGACAAUUUAUCUGAUGCAAUAGAUAUGAUUAAUAAAUAUAGAAGCAGAUCAAAAGGAUCAUUAACUACUAUUAAAUCUAUUGAUCAUGGAAAUAACUUUAAUAUUAACAAUAACAAUAAAAAAAAUACUAAUAAUAGUACUCAAAUUGUUAAUUCCACUAUUAAAUCAUCUUCUUAUUCAAGAAAUAUCAAUGAGUUAGAUAUAUCUAAAGUUAAAAGUCAAGAAGAAUUGACUAUUACUCUUUCAAAGUUAAAUGAAAAAGAUUAUGGGAUUCUAAAUUCUGUUGAUACUGCAAGUAUAAUAUCUAAAACUAUUUCAACUAAUACACAAAAAUAUUUGGAGGAGAAAAAAGAGUUACAAGAAAGAUUAUUUAUCUUACAGUAUUACUUUUCUAUAUGGAUACAAACUACUAGAAAGGAGAAAAAUAUUAAAAAAUCAAAAAAGAAUGUCAAAAUUAUGUCUGGAUUGAUUAAUUUAUUAAGAGUUUUUGAAAAUAAUCAAAGAUUUAAGAAGAUGAUGUUUAUUCAAGCACUUAAAUUUAAUAGUUUUAGAAAGAAUUUGCUUAAUAAACAAUUCGAGUUAGAAAAAAUUAGUAAUGAAAAGAACAUUCUGGCAGAAAAGCUGAAUGUUAUAAUAUCAGAUAGUUCUGAAAAAAUUCAAAAGAUGAAUGAAAAUAUGUUAAUAAAAGAAAAGGAUGUAUUUGAAUUAAGAAAAAAAUUAGAAUAUUAUGACAAUAUUAAUUCUGAGUUAAAAGAACAAACUGAAAUAAUUCAAAAUGAGAAUAAAAGAUUGCUUAGUCAAAUCAAAGAAUUAAAUCAAUAUAUUGAAGAUAAGGAGAAAACAAUGGAAGCUGAGAAAGUUAAGAAUGGUAAAGAAAAACUUGAAUUGGAGAUUAUUAUUGAUAGAAGAAAAAAGGAGUAUAGUAGACAAUUGGAGGAGAUUCAUCAUUUAAAUACUGAAAUUAGUAAAUUAAAGAAUAUAAUAAAUACUGAGGAAAAUAAGAAAGUAACACUAAAAGUUGAGAAUGAAGAAUUAAAAAAGAAACUAUUAAGUUUAGAGGAAGAAAAGAUUAAUAUAAUGAAUGAAUUUAAUCAAAGUUUUUUAGCUAAAAGUAAAGAGAAUGAGGAGCUUUAUAUUGAAAAUAUUAAAUAUAAAGAAGAUAAUGAGUUAUUAAUAAAAAAUAAUAAUAGAUUGGCUGAUGAGAAUAAUAAUUAUAUAAAGAUAUGUGAGGAUCUUAAAAAUGAGAAGAGUUCUUUAAUAGGAUCAGUUUAUGAUUUAAUUAAUCAAAUAGAAAAUGAAAAGAUUGAGAGAAUUCAAGAACUUGAGAAUUCUAGAAUGCUUUUUCAAAGUAUUAAUAAUAGAGGAGGGUAUAACCGUAAGCAGAUAGUGAAUUUAUGUCAUACAGAAAUAGAAGAAGAAGAAGAAGAAGAAGAUUAUGAAGAUCUAAAAUUGGAGGAUUUAAAGAAUACAAUUAAGAAAGGAAGGAAGAAAGAAAAUGAAAUUAGAAGGAAUAAAUCAGAUAUAGUGAUAGGAGUGAAUUAUAUUGAAAUAAUUGGAGAAAAAUUUGAUAAUAAUAAAUUAGUAAAAUUGGGUUGUAUUGAAAUUAAAGGGGAAGAAGAUAUAAUAUUGAAAAGAAUGAUAAGAGAAGUUAGAUUAGAGUUUUAUGAUGAUGAAUAUGAAAAUAUAAAAUUAAAGAAUGAACAAAUUAUGGAUUUAUCUGAAAGGGUUAAAGUUUUAACAGAUGAGAUGAAGAAACUAAAAGAAAGAGAAAGAGAGAUACAGGAAAAAGAUGAGAAGUGGGAAGAUAAUGAGAAAGAAGAAAGUAUUCAUGAUGAAAUGGAGGUAAAUUUGGAUGAUACUGAAAAAAUUAUAGGAUCUGCAACAGAGAUGUUCAAAUUAGCAUUGAGAAAUAUUAAGAUAAAUAGCCAAAGAUUUGUAAGAACUGAGAAUAAUAAUGAAAAUGAGAAUGAGAGACAAAAAAUGAGUAAAUUUGGUAUGGAAGGAGAUGAUAUAAAGGGAUAUGAUGUUAAGGAUAAUGUUAGUGAAAUUUUAGAAAAGGGUUUUUAUAAUAGAGAUGAAAAGGAUGAUAUGAAGGUAAAUGAUGAUCAAAUGUUAAUGAUAGUUCCUUCAGAAUUUUCAUUUAAUUCAAACUAUUGUAAUAGAAAUGCUGAAUCAUCUUUAUCAUUAUCAUCAUCAUCAUCAUCAUCUACAAUGUUGAAGAAAGUAAAUGAUGAACAUUUGGGUAAUUAUCAUCAAUAUACCAUAGAAAAUAAUAAUAUAAAUAAUAGCUGUAAUGAAAGCAACAAAACUGUGGCGAAUAUUAGUGAAAGUAAUACUUUUGGAGGAAACAUGUUUAAAGCAGGUUAUGAUAAGAUAGUUUCAUCAAUAUCUUCAGCUCUAACAUCUGCAACAGCUAGUACAACUCCAGGAUCAGUUUUAGGAUCGGGAUCAGGAUCAGGAUCAGUGUCAGUUUCAAGAUCAGGAUCAGGAUCAGUGUCAAGAUUAGGAUCAGGAAAAGGAUCACCAAUGGUAAUAAAAGGAAAUGAAAUGAGUUAUUCUCAGAUGACUAAGAAUAAUCCAAUAAUAUUACAAUUUCCAAUGAUGAGAUCAUCAUCUCAAUCGCCAGCUAUAUUAUCAAGAUCAAAUUCUAUGAGGUAUAGUAAUAAUAAUAAUAAUAAUAAUAAUAAUAAUUUAAAUAAUAAUAUUAAUAUGAAUAAUAUUUUAUCUUCAUCUAAUUCUAUAAUUGGUGUAAAUAAAGGUAAAGUUAUAAGUGGAGGUAAUAAUAAUAAUAGUAAUAUUGGAGGAUAUUAUUACCAAUAUAAUACAGGAGAAGUAAUAUAUAAAGGUAUUAUUAAUAGUAAUAAUAAGAAUAUUAAUUCCAGCAAUUUUAUUGGAGAAGAAAAUAGUUAUCAAAAAAGAUAUAGCUCAAUACCGAGACAAAAUAUAAAAACGGUACCACCACCAUUUUUUCCAAGAAAUUGA